CAUCGAUUCGCAUAAAAAAGGAGCCACCUUUGCGUCCUUGCGUCCUUCCCUCUCCCUUAAAACCCAAAGAGGAGGGGGGGAAUUGGAGAAAACAAGGUGAAAAAUUUCAUCAUUUCUUUGGCGAAUGCUGUCACGAUAGAAUGGAAAAGAGCCGGGGGGAGAGAAAGGACUCACGGGAGAGGUUUCCUUGUGGGGUCUUGGAGGAAACUCAGCAGUCGGUAGUCUAUAGAGAGAGGGAGAGGGGAUAGGAGACCAACGAGGUCAGAGCUUUCCAAGUCCUCUCUCAAGCUGUCGAGUUGCGGUGGGUGAAGAGAAAGGGACGCUGGGGAGAAGGAGAGGCAGGGGUAGCCCAAAGCGCGCGUUGGGUUACGGAGGAGACCAAAUUGAAGCAGUCAUCCCAAUGGAAAAGAGAUCGCCAUAAACUGUUGAGCGGUGACGCUCACCACCCUCCUUCGAAGAAUGAGGUGUUUCUUUUACUUGAAAGAGAAAUUCAAAGGCCGGAAGCAGCCGAAAUCUUCGCCCACCACUGGCUCGGUGCCUGUCUCGUCGUCGACUGCAAACAACGGUGGAAGCAGGUCGGAGGAUUCGGGUGCUGCGAAGCGGCAGAGCAAGUCCUCAGGCUCGGUCUCCUCACAGCGCAGCAUCCCGGAGUUGUAUGAGGAAAGGGCCCACAAUCUGCGUGUUUUUGAGCUCAAGGAGCUCAGGAAUGCUACUAACGAUUUUAGCAGGCUGCUCAAGAUUGGGGAGGGUGGUUUCGGAAGUGUGUACAAAGGUUGGAUCAAGCCUCCUGAUGGGAAGGGAGAUAAUAUUGCCGUAGCGGUGAAAAAACUUAAUCCAAAUGGCUUGCAGGGGCAUAAACAAUGGCUAGCAGAAGUUCAGUUUCUUGGAGUUGUUGGACACCCAAAUCUUGUUAAGCUUAUUGGAUACUGUGCUGUUGAUGGUGAAAGAGGAGCCCAAAGGCUGUUAGUCUACGAGUUUGUGCCUAACAGGAGUCUAGAAGAUCACUUAUUCAAUAAAGCUUACCCUUCUCUUCCAUGGAACAUAAGACUGCAGAUAGCCUUGGGUGCAGCAGAAGGGUUGGUGUAUCUGCACGAGGGUUUGGAAGUUCAGGUGAUAUAUCGUGAUUUUAAGGCAUCUAAUGUGCUAUUAGAUGAGGAAUUCAAACCAAAACUGUCCGACUUUGGGUUGGCAAGGGAAGGACCAACAGCAGGGAACACUCAUGUAUCCACAAUGGUGAUGGGAACUUAUGGGUAUGCAGCCCCAGACUACGUCGAGACCGGCCAUCUUACAGCUAAGAGCGACGUAUGGAGUUUUGGGGUGGUGUUGUAUGAGAUCCUCACUGGUAGGCACUCAACGGAGAGAGACCGCCCAAGAAAUGAACAGAAACUCUUAGAUUGGGUGAAACAAUUUCCUGUCGAGGGCAGGAAGUUUAGCAUGAUUAUGGACCCAAGACUCGAAAAUAAGUAUUCUCUGAGGGCUGCUCGGGAAAUUGCCAAACUGGCUAACAGGUGUCUCUCCAAGCAUGCCAGAGAACGUCCAAAGAUGACAGAGGUGGUAGAAAGUCUAAAACAAGCAAUGCAACAUGAGAAAUUGGAUGGAGAGGUGGAGUCAGUGGAGGGGAAUUCUCCGACCCAUUCAGACGAUGAGAAGAAAACAGAGCAGGAAGCUGGUUUGAAAUCCUCAAGAAGGCGAAUGCUUCACCUUGCUAAACUGAGAGAGAGUGCAAAUGCUGUUGGCAGGAGAAGAUUUAUGCUGAUGAAGGCUGCCAAUCCAACGUAAUCCAUUCUCUGGUGUUGAUUCGUUCUUCCUUCAAAUGUUAUGCUCCAAGAUGAUAAGGUGGUCCUUGUUAGGGUGUGCAUUGGAUCUGGUGCUGAAGUAGAUUCAGGAUUAUUGCCGCAAAUAUCUGAUCUAUAUUUUUUUUGACAAGGUUCAGUAGUUUUGGAGAAUGACUACUUUAAGCUAACAAGAAACGAGGAAAAGCCCUGCAGUAAAAGGAAAGACAACACACAAGGAGAGAACAGAGACAUUCCAGAAGCGGUUGAAACUAGUGUUCACUGUAUUGUAAUCAUUCUUACAGCUAUACGUUGCUCAUAGAUUGCAGGAUCAGAAUCAUCGUUCCCAUCCCCUCUUGCAGAGAAAAACCUUAUUAAGAGUAUCACUUCUUGUAUCUAUAAGCAUUGUUGCUUCUCGAUGCAUAUGUAGUAGUCUCACUUAUAAAUGCAGCUGAUAAAUAGUUGUGCAUUAUGAAGAGGGCUGUUUCAAGAUAUGGGUUUAUAACAAGGGUGCUGUUCCUACCAUAUACAUUGCUUUAAAAAUUUGCUAACGUGCAUGGUUACUUGUGACACCA